AGGAAAAAGCGCGAAAUCACGUGCAGAGAAAAGUACAAAGAAAAAAAAACAGAGUGUCCAUUGAAAUACAGAUUUCUUUUAUUAAUUUUUGCAUUUAUUAAUCUAUAGGUUAUUAUAAAAUAGUUGUUAUUAUGUAUGUUUUACAAUAUAUUUAAUGUCCAAACAAAUUUUUAUUUAGUUCACGCGUAUAAAAGAAUUUGUAUCCAAGUGGCAUACAAUAUGAAUCAUAAAUAUUUGUACAAGAGACGUAAAUGGUGUGAAAUCAAUGCUGGUGUGUUUCAUGCAAUUAAAAAACCAAAACCACCUAAGCUAAAAGUUAAUAAAGAAUCACGUAAAGAAAUAUCUAAGGACGUUGUUAAAUCUAUAAAUAGUAAACAGAAUAGUAAACAGAAUGAUCUUGAAUUUUCUAAUGUAAAAGAGAUAGAUCAAAUAAAUACCAAUAAGGAUAUGAUUAUUGAAAAAACAAUUCUGCAAGUUGAUUCCAAUAAACGACUUUUGAAAACAAAUGUUUCUAAUUCAAUAAUUCAACAACCUAAUUUACCUAAUGCAAUAGUAAAUCCAAAUGUUAAAUUGAAGGAAUUGAAUGGUCAGAUUGGACGUAACGAAUCAAAAAAUUGCUUACAUAAAAGUUCAUGUAAAUCAUCAAAACCUAUGGAUUUAUUUUUUGACGAUGCUACCGAUUUGAAUGUAGAUAAACCAGAGUUUGAAGUUAUAAUAAAGAAAAGCAAAAUAGAUGAUAUUUUAAAGGUAUUGGAGGAUGAUUGGGCAGAUGACGAAUAUGAUACAAUGGAGACAUUAAUUACUAAUAACAUGAAAAAUAAUGUUUCUCCAUUAAAAUCUAUUAUUACACCGAGCAAUUUAGAAAUACCUUCAUCAAAUGAACUUAGCAAAAUGAUAUCAAUGAAUAUUAAAGAUACACCAUCUAUUACAAAUAAUAAAAAUUCUUCUUCUACUAUACAAAAUCUUGAUGACAUGACAGAAGUUGAAAAAGAAAAUAAAGAAAAAUAUUAUCCUAUAUUUAAUAAAGGAUAUUCUAUGAAGAAUGCAGAAAGUGACGUUACAAAGCUUACACAUGGAACAAAAAAAUCAACAAAAUGGCAAUUAUCAGCAAAAGGUAGUGGCAAUGAAAAUCAAUAUCAAUUAGAUGCAGGUCAAAAGAAUUUUGGUGCGACGCAAUGUUCAGAAUGUGGUAUUGUUUAUCAAUUGGGUGAUCCUGAGGAUGAAAAUGCUCAUUUGAAUUAUCAUAAUAGCGUGAAAACUUUAAAAUUCCAAGGUUGGAAAAAUGAAAGAGUCGUUAUAGAUGAUCCUUUAACAUCAAGUAAAAUAAUUUUAAUUGAACCAAAUGAUUCUAAACAAUGUUGGAAAAAGGUAUCAGAAAUUUUAACUGUUGUAGAUAGAGAUUUAGGACUAGCUGACUCAUCUCUUUCAAACUAUACUGAUAAAAAGGUAUAUUUAUACAUUAAAGAAAAGAAUAUAUUAGGCGUACUCGUAGCAGAAUACAUAGAAAUAGCACAUAGGAUGAUACCAGACUUAAUUGAUUUGAAUUGUUGUACUGCUGAAAGUACACCAGCUAAGUGUGGUAUAAAUGUUGUAUGGACAGUAAUGAGUCAUCGCAGACAAGGCAUAGCCACUAAACUUGUAGAUAUUCUCAGAUCCAAAUUUUUCUAUGGAUACAUAAUGUCCUUAGAAGAUAUUGCAUUCUCUGUUCCAACUCCAAGUGGAAAGAUAUUUGCCGAGAAAUAUACUAAGACGAAAAGUUUUAAAGUUUAUAGUUAAUUUUGUUUUUACUUUUAUCUCUUUCUGGACGAGUAUAUAAAACAUGAAAAUUUCCAAAUUGUAUCGAUGAUUAGAUUCGUUUAUUUAUUUUCCAUCGAUCAAAUUGAGUAGUAUAUUAUAGUAAAUGAUACUUGAUUUUUCUAAAAAUGUGUACCGUUACUCUCAAAUAAACUUAUCAGUAUUUUAAAAGAGGUUUAUCAAGUUAUUAAUAAUAUUUAAAUCUUUAUAAUAAUUAACUUUGACAACAAGUUUAUUUAUACCAUAAUUCAAUAUAUGCAAUACAUCACAUACAACUAAUAAUAUACGUAGGGUUUAUAUUGGUAAAUUUUUACUUUGUCAAAGGAUUUGUUUUAUAUAGGAUAUAUAGAAAAAUUAAAUUACAUUUAUUUUUAGAAAAUACGUUUAUAUAAAAAAAUUACAACUAUAUGUAUAAAAAUAUAGUUAGUUUAAAUAGAUUAUUUUCUCUUUCCCCCCACCCCCCAAUCCAUGUGUUGAUAUGUACAAACAAUUAACUAAAUGAUAUGUACAAGCAAUUAACUAAAUGAUAUGUACAAGUAAUUAACUAAAUGAAAACAUUGCACAAAUUCUACAAUUUAAGUGAAAUGCAUUACUUAAAGAACUGAUUAAUUUGUACAAGAUUUUACAUGGGAUAGAAAAAAGGUGGAAAAAAGAAAUAAAAUUAAAAUGACAAAAAAAAGAAAAGAAUAACUAUGUGUAGACUCUGUUGAUUAAUGGUAAAAUUUACCAUUUUCCACCCCACUUAUUUUGUCUACUGUAGCCAGACUUGUAGCCUUGCCCAUUCGAACGAUUUGCUCGUUCUUCCGCCCGUUUCAUUUUCCAGGCAUCGUAUCUUUCGGCCAUACUAUAUAACUCAUCUGGCACCAUCUAAUAAAGAUUUUAGUACAUUAUUAAACUUUUUAUAAUACAGGAGGAUUUAAAAAAAAAAAAACUUUAAAUGCACAGAACUAUAUUUAGAACUAUAAUAAUUUUAUAAAUUUUAAUAUUACUAUUAUUACUUACUUGAUUAGCCUCUUCUAAAAUACUGAUAAGUUCUUUGGAAUGUGACCAGUCAUUUUUGGUCAUUAACGUUAUACUUUCGCCGGUUUUACCAGCGCGACCUGUACGUCCAACUCGAUGGACAUAUUCUUCUAUAUCACGUGGAAAAUCAUAAUUGAAGACAUGCCUAUAAACACACACACGCAUAUAUAUAUAUAUAUAUAAAAGAAAUCUUAGAAAAAUAUGUUAGAAAAAGUGGAAGAAUAAAUAAUAAAACAUACGUUAUAUCCUCGAUGUCAAUACCUCGGCUAACAACGUCUGUUGCAAGAAGAAUUCGUACCGAGCCAUUUUUUAAAUCUUCUAUGGCUUGUUCUCUAUCUUCUUGAUCUCUUCCACCAUGAAUACUUUCAUUUUUAACAUACGAGAGAGAUAGGUCGCUCGAUACAUCGUCUACUCUUGCUUUUUUAGAAAAAAAAGCAAUAAUCUUGUCUUCGGGAUCCAUAUUGCGAAUAAAUUCAUAAAACUGAUGUAAAAAAAAAA